GUCGCAACCCAGUUUAGACGACCUGCACCGGCGUCAAUGGAUUCACCGCUCGCCACACAACUCUUUCGCCAGCUCUUCUCCCACCGAGCAGCGCAAUGCCUGGCCCGUGGAGCUCGACCGGCGCUCACGGGCGUGCGUGCACCCCAGCUGCAGCGCCGAGGGAAGGCCACACGACUGGGUGAGGGGGAGACAAGCAGAGAGAGCAGAUGGACGCCGAGGAAGAAUGCGUUUCCGCAGGAGAGGACGGAGGAAUUCGAGCGAUACCCUAUGGUCACAUCAGAUAUGCUGCGCAGCAGGAGGGAGCGGCCACGGAGAGUGAGGAUGCUGAUGCGCGACUUCAUCGAAGACAGCCUCUACAAUCCGAGUUACGGCUACUUCUCUAAGCAAGUCGUCAUCUUCUCGCCUGGUGAUCCGUUUAACUUCAACGCUAUGAAGUCAGAGCACGAGUUCUUUCAGCAGCUGCGGCACCGCUACACCGACUUCGAGGAUGCGCUCGACCUGCAAGAGCCGAAUGAACUGCGCCAGCUCUGGCACACACCGACCGAGCUCUUCUCGCCAUACUACGGAGAAGCGCUGGCGCGGUACUUGGUGGAGGAUUACAAGUACAAUUUCUUCCCGUACCAAGAUCUGAUCAUCUACGAAAUGGGCGCAGGAAACGGAACAAUGAUGCUGAACAUUCUGGACUACAUAAGAGAUGUACACCCGGACGUAUACGAGCGGACGAAAUAUCGAAUCAUCGAAAUCUCGAGCCAACUCGCAGACCUGCAGCAGAAAGGGCUGGGACAUUCGGCCUACGCAAGAGGGCACUCAGACAAAGUCGAGAUUGUGAACCGCUCCAUCUUCGAUUGGAACCAAUACAUCUCCUCGCCCUGCUACUUCCUUGCCCUUGAGGUGUUCGACAACUUCGCCCACGAUGCCCUGAAGUACGAUAACGAGACUGGCUCCCCGUACCAGUCGCACGUCGUCGUUGACCCGCGCGGCGAGAUGUUCGAAUACUACUCUCGCACCCUCGAUCCUGUAGUUAUGCAGUUCCUGGAACGGCGACACGCAGCGUGCGAAUCCUAUCCCCACCCGCUCCAAGGCUCACGUCUGAUGCAGAGCAUGAAGAGCCUGGUGCCCUUCCGGACAAACCUCAGUCAACCGGAGUACAUACCAACACGACUCAUGCAAUUCUUCCACAUCCUCGCGUCCAAAUUCCCCAAUCACAAGCUCAUCAGCUCCGAUUUCGACAAGCUAGGCGAAGCAGUCGAAGGCAUCAACGCGCCGGUCGUGCAGACGAGGUACAAGAGGCAAAUGAUUCCCGUCUCUACGCCUUUGGUUCACCAAGGCUACUUCGAUAUCCUCUUCCCCACUGACUUUGAGGUCAUGGAGCCCAUGUACACAGCCAUCACGGGCAAGUUCGCCCGCACAUACACACACGAGGAUUUCAUGGCAGGCAGAGCGGACAUCGCAGAGACAAGCACGAAGAAUGGGGACAAUCCGCUAGUGAGUUGGUACAAGAAUGCGAGUGUCAUGAUUACUAUGUAAGAGUUAUGGCAUGGUAUGAUCUAAGGGUAGGGGGUCCUGUAGGAUUGCAAUAACCGGACGUGCACUAUUGCUGCUAAACACCUUAUGCGCAUAUCUGGACCUUAAAGGUCGUGUGGCAUCUCAUGCGCUUGACGUCUUCUGCCGGUGCAUGCAUGCCGGCCGUGGGUUGCACGAUUGAUAGCAGGAGGGGCCGGUUGUAAGCUUCUUGGGCCCUGACGGAGGAAACGAGCAUGCAUGUGUACACUACCAACUAACUCACCUCUUUGGAAGACUAC